AUGACUGCUGCCCCACAAGUCGAUAGUGUGGCUAUCUUAUAUGGCAGCGAGUCUGGAAAUGCUCAAGACUACGCCUACUUCCUAGCUCAAAAGUUACGCUACAACUCCUUGAAGCCCAUCGUAUCCUCCCUUGAUUCGUUUCCACUCAAGAGUCUAGUGACUGAUGUUCAGUACCUUAUUGUUGUAUGCUCCACCACAGGCCAGGGCGAGGUUCCUCGAAAUGCAAAGAAGUUCAUUAAGUUCUUGUUGAAGAAGAAACUACCCGACGAUCUUCUAAAUCACAUCAAGUUCACCACUUUCGGAGUCGGUGACUCGUCUUACCCAAAGUUCAACUACGCGAUCAAGAAGAUACAUAUUAGACUUCGGCAACUUGGCUGUAAGGAGCUUUGCCCAAGAUGCGAGAGCGAUGAGCAGUCACCCGAAGGUGUUGAUGGUUACUACGCGGAAUGGGAAACCUCGGUCAUUGAUGCCCUUCAGAAAGAGUUCACCAAUAUUUUCACGAUAGACGACCAUGUCCUUCUUCCCCCUGUUUUCGGAUUGACAGUAAGGGAUGGUCCAAACAUUCUGGCUGACUCUGAUUUGACUACAACCAGAAAGGCGAAGGGGUUGUCUAUGGGAACUAUCGUGAAGAACGAACGUAAAACAGCAGAGGGCCAUUUCCAAGAUGUGAGGCAUGUGGUUGUGGAGGAUAAUGCUCACAAUCUUUCUUAUAUCCCUGGUGACACACUCGCUUUGUAUCCACCUAACGAUGAUAGAAGUGUGGAUUUGCUUUUGGAGCUGCAACCCCACUGGCUUCCUUUGGCCGAUAAACCGCUAGAUUUCAAGGCUGUUCCAGACGUUGAAGGGGGUUUCAUCGAUGAAAGUCAACUCACUUUGAGAAACUUAAUUAAAUAUCAUUUGGAUAUUAUGUCGAUUCCAAGGCGUUCGUUCUUCGCUCUCUUGCACCAUUUUGUGGACACACUGACUGAGGAGGGAGAAAGAGAAAAGGAAAAACUCUACGAGUUUAGCACGUUGGCCGAGGCAGAAGAUCUUUACAACUAUGCAAAUCGUCCAAGAAGACUGAUUCUCGAGACUAUCAUGGAGUUCGAGAAAAAUCUCAAAAUCCCAUUGGAGUAUGUGCUUGACUUGUUUCCACUCAUCAAGGUCAGGCUUUUCCUGAUUGCCUCUAAAUCUUCAUCCGACACUGUUGAGAUUAUUGCGGGCAUCGUUGAAUACAAAACAAUUCUCAGAAGAAUCAGACGUGGAUUAUGCACAAAGUGGCUUAAGCAGUUGCAAGAAGGAGACUCGGUUGUUUUCUCGAUUCAUAAAUCGAAUCUCAAUUUCAGUCUCCCUGAAAAGCCAAACCCACCUGUCAUCAUGAUCUCACCCGGCACUGGUGUUGCCCCAAUGAAGUCACUCAUAGAGCAGGAAGCAGGUCAGCGUGAGCUCCAUCUCUUCUACGGUUGCCGGUAUUCUAUCAAAGACUACCUCUUUCAAGAGCUAUGGGAAGAUUUAGAAGCAAAGGGACAACUUCAGAUGUAUCCUUGCUUCUCGAGAGAUCCAGGAUCAAAAAUCAAAUACGUCCAAGACAGGCUCUUCGUGGAGCAGAAAACGGUUGCAAAAUUGAUUCUUGAAGAGAAUGCUAUUGUAUUCGUGUGUGGUUCCAGUGGCAACAUGCCACGCCAGGUCAGAGUCACCCUUGUCGAGAUUUUGAAAAAAUCGGGUCUUGAAGAGGUCGAAGCAGACAAGUAUCUUUAUAAUAUGGAGGACUCUGGCCGAUACAUUCAAGAGACUUGGUAA